AUGAGGACAUCAUGUUGGCGUUGCUCUAAAAGGAAAGAUGAGAGCAUUAAAAGAUUUUGCAGAAAGGAAAGAGAGAAAUUAUAUGGGUUUUUGGAGUGGGCUUGCAUUUGUAUUUGGGCCAUUUUAUUCCCUGCUGGGCUCCAUUUGCUUCUUUUAGCAAUGGCCAAGCAAAUGGCCCAACGUAGUGGGCAGGCCCCUCCCAAUCAAAUUGAUACUUCAGCUCAGGUACUUACCCCAGUCCAGAUUUCUCCACAGCCUGGUGAAGAUGUUAAGGAUUGCAAUGAUGUUGCGACAAUCUCUCCUAUUAUUUCAGUAACACUUGGGAAAGAGGAUACGGAAUCUGGUGAAUCCCAUUUUGAAUCCCAAACUGCUGAAUUAGAUAAGCAUCACGUGGGAAAAAUGCUAGGAUUAUUCCUAGGGAAAAAGGCCUGCUUCAAUUAUGUGAUUCUUGGACGGUCAAAUACUAAUAUUUUGUUCACGCUAGUGCAGGGGCGGAGCCAGAAUUUUUAUCCAGUGCAGUCCCUGCGGCUGUUGUUGCUGCUGCUUCUUCUCACUGUGGUUCCCACUUCCGUUGGUGGCAGUGCCAUUCAAAGCAACCGGAGGAGUCACCAAUUAUUGGAAAUUCAUGACGACAAUACUAACACGGAAAUUAAUGAAGAGAAUAUGAACAUAGUCAGGAAGAAUUUAAAGCAAUUGGGAGAGGACAAUUCAGAUGCCAAAAGAGGUGAUGAGAUGGAUUGGGAGAGAACACACAGUGCCGAUGGUCUUUCAAAUGGGAAUCAUGUACACAAACAUCACAGCGAUCGCAUUAGGCAUCACAAGAUAGAUGCCUCUCCCGUUGAAGGCAGUGAGAGGAGGCUAAGCGACUACGAUUAUGAAACUUGGGGUAUUUUUCAACGUAAAGCUCUAUCAUCUGAGGAGAAGCACAGUGUUGUUGCUCACUCCUCUCAUGGCAAAUACGGGAAAGAGAGUUCUAGCAGGAAUGUAUCUAAGUCACCUGAUUGGUCUAGGGGAAGGUCGCGAUCCCAAAGCAUUUUUCGAGAGGCUUCUGUUGCCGGUACGCCACAUAAGCCGGAUGAUUCAUAUUAUAUGGAGAGAAAGCAUAGGACUGAUUCAGAUGAUGAAAGGCUUAUUGCACACAACAGAGACUACAGACAUAGUAGCAGAGAUGUUGUAAGGGAUACAGAAAGAGAGCGGAGUUGUAGUAGAUACUCAGAUAGAAUGGAAAGGCAUCUCAGCAGGGAAAUAUAUGAUCUACAUAGGGAGGACAGCAGGGAAAGAGGCAGGGAUAGAACUAGAGAAAAAGAUGGGGAAAGGGAAAGGGAAAGGAAAAGGCAGAGGGAGAGGGAAAAGGAAAGAGAAAUGGCCAGACAUCGAGAUAGAGAGAGGGAGAGGGAGAGGGAGAGGGACAAGGGAAGAGAGAGGGACAAGGAGAGAGAACGGGAAAGGGAGAUGGAAAAGGAAAGGGAGAGUCAGAUGGGAAGGAAAAGGGACAGAUUAAGAGAGGAGAGGGACAGGGACAGAGAUGGGGUUAGAGAGAGCAGAGAAGCUAGAGGAAGGGACAGGGACAGGGAGAAUGAGAGUGAUAGGAUAAGCAGGCACCACAGAUACCAUUCUGUUGAUGACGGGUAUAGAGACCGAGAUAGGUAUAAUGAUUCUAGGCUUGGGAAAAAUUCUGAAAAUGAUCACAUAGACAGAUCAAGGAAAACAGCUUCAGAAAAUGUUAGCUCUAAAAGUAAUCUUGCUGACAGGAAUACUGAGAAUAUCAAAAGAGAAGAAGAUGAACAAGAGGACUAUCAAGAAAGGAUUGCAAUGCAACUGGCAAAACAGGAAGAAGAUCUUGAGAGAAUUAGGGAGGAAAGCAGAAGGCGUAAACAAGCUAUUCUUGAAAAGUACAAAAACAAACAGUCACCACAGCCAAUUGGAACUCAAUCACAAGAUAUGGUUAAGGAGCAAGUUGGUCAGUCUUCUGAUCAAGUGGCAGCCCCUGAUAUGGUAGAAAAUGUUGAUGGCACUGCAGAAGGUGCGGAUGUUUAUGUUGCUGAGCCAUCAUUUUCUGUUGGAAAAUCCCCUUCACAAAAAGGCCUUUCUGCUUUGGAGAGGUCUACUGGAACUGGUGGACUAGGGGAGGGUACUCCAAAGAGUGAGAGAUCGGAUGAUAUGUUUUGUGAUGAUAUAUUUGGAGAAUCCCCUGCUGGCGCUCGCAAAACAGGUAAAGGUGAAGGUUUAGCUGUUGAGAGGAGUGGGCUUAACGACAACUGGGAUGAUGCGGAAGGGUACUAUGGCUACCGUUUUGGAGAAACACUUGAUGGACGAUAUGAAAUUACUGCUGCCCAUGGGAAAGGCGUCUUUUCAACUGUAGUUCGUGCCAAGGAUCUCAAGGCUAAACCAGAUGACCCUGAAGAAGUAGCAAUAAAAAUCAUACGUAGUAAUGAAACAAUGUAUAAGGCUGGUUUGGAAGAGUUGAUCAUUCUAAAGAAGUUAGCUGGUGCAGACCCUGAAGACAAGCGCCAUUGUGUCCGUUUUCUUUCUAACUUCAAGUAUCGGAAUCAUUUAUGUUUAGUUUUUGAAUCUCUUCAUAUGAAUUUAAGGGAAGUUCUCAAGAAAUUUGGUCGUAAUAUUGGUCUGAAGCUUACUGCUGUGAGGGCAUAUGCAAAGCAACUCUUCAUUGCUCUGAAACAUUUAAAAAAUUGUGGCGUUCUUCAUUGUGAUAUUAAACCAGAUAAUAUGCUGGUGAAUGAAUCAAAAAAUGUAUUGAAGCUUUGUGACUUUGGUAAUGCCAUGUUUGCUGGUAAAAAUGAAAUUACUCCAUACCUUGUGAGCCGUUUUUAUCGUGCCCCUGAGAUAAUUCUAGGUCUGCCUUAUGACCAUCCCAUGGAUAUUUGGUCAGUUGGUUGCUGUCUGUUCGAGCUUUAUGCUGGUAAGGUUCUGUUUCCCGGGGCUACCAACAAUGACAUGCUUCGCCUUCACAUGGAAUUGAAAGGUCCAUUCCCUAAAAAGAUGCUUCGGAAGGGAGCUUUCACGGACCAGCAUUUCGACCAGGAUUUAAAUUUCCUUGCUUUAGAGGAAGACCCUGUCACAAAGAAGGCAAUAAGGAGACUGAUUCUUAAUUUCAAGCCAAAAGAUGUUAGUUCAUUAAUUUCAGGAUCUCCUGGAGAGGAUCCAAAAAUGUUGUCUAAUUUUAAAGAUCUUCUGGAAAGAAUUUUUGUGUUAGAUCCAGACAAGAGGAUAAAUGUAUCACAAGCCUUGAGCCAUCCAUUCAUCACGGGCAAGUGAUAAUUGAUGCUGAUUUUCUGACUGCAGAAAUGCUGUUGCAUUAGAUACUUGUACAUUUUGAUACGAUCUCAAUUUAUGCUCAAUUAUCUAAUGAUUGGGUAUUUAUCUGUCUUUAUCUUCUCUGUGCUGGAGCAAGAGUUUGGAGACCAUGUAUGGUUGAAGUCCUCAGAGACGAUGCUGGGAGACACCUGUAACUGGCAGUCCUUUCAGUGGAUUGUUUUCUGUUUCUAUUGUAAGAUAACUUGCCAAAGGCGUUUCUCCCUUUUGUACUAAUUCUUAAUGUUGACCAUUAAGAAAGCUUUUAAAUAAUAUUGUUAUUUUUUCUUAUAUUUGUUCCAUUUGUACGCUCUGGACCUCAUUACUGUUUGUAUAUGGGGCACCAUAUUCCUGUGGGAAGAUAUGAUGAAACGUAUGUAGUUAUUUAAAUCUUUGUAUAUAAUAGUGUCAGUUAAGGAAUUUUCUCAAGAUAGCUUGUAAGGCAUUUUUCAUUUCA